AACAUCACGUGGCACCGCCCCACGGCCGCUGGCGUCGUGUCGGUGGGCCUCCUGUUCUCCAUCGCUGUAGCUGCCCAGUGGACUCGAUGGCCCAACAAGCCUGAAUAGAAGAAAUACGUAAAAGCUCUAAAACCAAGGCGAAUAUAUUGUUUGACCAGAGCUGGAACAUCUCAUAUAUCUGCAAUAGGAGACUUUUUUACCAGAAUAAUGAAAACUGAGAGGUUUAUCUAUGGAGGAACACGGGGCUCUGGAAGAAGAUCUUUCCUCCGUCUGCUGGCCAGAUGAUUGGCUGAAGAGCUGAACACACUUCUGAUUUGUCCUGAUUCCUCCAUCUAUCCAGAGGGGAUCGUUUUAAAGAUGGUGGAAAUUAUGGCCGGUCUGAAUGGUGUUUACAGCAUCAUGGAUUAUUAUGAGCAUGAGCAGAGGCGAGCAGUGGAAUACGUGUCCACUGUGCACAAAGCCAUGAAUGGGCUGGAAAACUUCCUGUGCUACUCAUCAACAAACCUACUUAGAAACUCAGCAGGACAAAGUGAACCAGUGACAUAAAGAGACAAAAGAGAGCCUCCAUUGGCUUUGCUCCACGGGAAUUCUGUUGUUCUUAUUGAAUCUUCCACAAAGUUCCAUGAACUUCUCACCUUGCUGUGUGUGAAGGCGUCGCUGCAACAGGAGAAGCACAGAAAACUUCUGGCAUCUGCUGACAUCAGGAAACUGUUACUGCUCCAUCUGCUGUAG